AUGGAAAUCCCCAGGUUGCUCACAAAUCGCAGGACACUACAAGGCGAUUAUGGCAGCAGCGACCCUGCAGGAAGCCAGGUGCAUGGAGGGCCUGAUCCGCGAAUUUGCCAGCCCCCCGCGCGCCGCCUGCUACCGCUCCGGGGGCCCCAAGAUGGCGGUCCUGGGCUGCAACGCAAGCAGGCCCAAGCAGUCUCACAGGGCCCGGGCCCGAGCCCGCUGGCGCCGAAGACCGAUCACGCUGGUUGUGGCGACGACUUCUUCCUAGUGCUGCUAGACCCGGUGGGUGGCGACGUGGAGACCGCAGGUGUCGGCCAGGUCGCAGGGCCCGUGUGGAGGGAGGAGGCCGCGCCGGGCCCGCGACUCCAGGGGCGAGAGUGCGGCGCAAACCAUGCAGGCCGUCCUGAGCUGGAUCCCUGCUGCUCGUCCUCAAGUCCUGUCGGGUCUCAGAUUCCUGCUCCAAGCCCCAGCUCCACCAUUGCCUUUGCUGGCACCGUCACCAUUCACAACCAAGACCUGCUGUUGCGCUUUGAGAACGGGGUCCUCACCCUGGCCACGCCCCCGCCUCCCGCUUGGGAAUCUGGGGAAAUCAUCAUCAAGCAGACUGGGGAGCCACACACCAGGCAGUACUUAAACUGCCCUGAGCUGCCGCCUGACCUCUUGCUGGCAGAGUCACAGGAACCCGAGCCUAUUCAGGCGCCUGAGGAAAAAGCGGUGGUUUCUGUAGCCCCUGAGGGCCUCCACGGGCCACUGGGCCUGAGCUCAAGCAUGAUGCUCUAUGUGUGCCCUGAGGCACAGUGUGGGCAGACCUUCACCAAGAAGCACCAACUGAAAGUGCACCUGCUGACACACAGCAGCAGUCAGGGUCAGAGGCCCUUCAAGUGCCCCCUGAGCGGUUGUGGUUGGACCUUCACCACCUCCUACAAACUCAAGCGACACCUGCAGUCCCACGACAAACUGAGGCCCUUCAGAUGCCCUGUGGAGGGCUGUGGCAAGAGUUUCACCACAGUUUACAACCUCAAGGCUCAUAUGAAAGGCCAUGAGCAGGAGAACUCAUUCAAGUGCGAGGUGUGUGAGGAGAGCUUCCCCACACAGACCAAACUCAGCGUCCACCAGCGCAGUCACUUUGAACCUGAGAGGCCCUACCAGUGCGCGUUUUCCGGUUGCAAGAAGACAUUUAUCACAGUGAGUGCCCUGUUUUCACAUAACCGCGCCCAUUUCAGGGAACAGGAACUCUUUUCCUGCUCUUUUCCUGGCUGCAGCAAGCAAUAUGACAAGGCCUGUAGGCUGAAAAUUCAUCUUCGGAGCCACACCGGUGAGAGACCUUUCCUUUGUGACUUUGAUGGCUGUGGCUGGAACUUCACCAGCAUGUCCAAGCUCUUAAGGCACAAAAGGAAACACGAGGAUGACCGGAGGUUCACAUGCCCUGUGCAAGGCUGUGGGAAAUCAUUCACCAGGGCCGAGCAUCUAAAAGGUCACAGCAUAACCCACUUGGGCACAAAGCCUUUUGUGUGCCCCGUGGAAGGCUGUUGUGCCAGGUUCUCUGCUCGCAGUAGUCUCUACAUUCACUCCAAGAAGCAUCUGCAGGAUGUAGACACUUGGAAAAGCCAUUGCCCAGUCUCUGCUUGUAAUAGACUCUUCACAUCCAAGCACAGUAUGAGGACCCACAUGGCCAAAAGGCAUAACCUUGGUCAGGAUCUCUUAGCUCAGCUAGAAGCUUCGAAUUCUCUUACACCCAGCAAUGAACUUACCAACCAGGGACAGAGCGAUCUUAGUGAUGCAGACCUAGUGUCUCUCUUUUCUGAUGUGUCUGGCAAUAGUUCUGCCACAAUAUUGGAUUCAGCCAUGGUGAACUCUGGAAUCUUGACUAUUGAUGUAUCUUCUGUGAGUUCAACUCUUGUAGGGAACCCCCUUCAUAAUAAUAAUAAUUCCUUAGGGCAAACCGUGGACCCUCGGGCCUUGGUGACCAAUAGUGACCUUCCUCAAAGUCUGGAUACCUCUCUCUUUUUUGGAACAACGGCCUCAGGUUUUCAGCAGAGCACCUUAGAUAUGGAUGAUGUCCCAAAUAUAAGUGCAGGGCCAUUGGGGUCUCUGGGCUGUUUGUCUAUAAAGAACUCAAGUCAAGAGCCCCAAGCUCUGACCCCCAGUAAUAAGUUAACAGUGGACACAGAUACUCUGACUCCUUCAAGCGCCCUUUGUGAUAACAAUGUCUCAGAACUACUGGCGCCAACUAAAGUGGAAUGGAACGGACAUUCUGACCCUGACUUCUUUGAACGGGAGGAAGAAACCCCAUUUGGGCUCUCCAGUCCAGUAGGAAACCCUGGUUCUCAGAGAGAAACAGACCUUAUCACAGUAACUGGCAGCUCAUUUUUGGUAUGAAUUCUAUUCAUUCAUCAUCCCCUGGCUUACUCCCAUUACAUUCAGUUUUGAGGGUAUUCUGGACUAAAUGUUUAAACAGUCAUUUCUUAUUGGUUUGCAAAAGAAUAGAUCCUUGGACUACAAAUAAGUGAUUUCAAUUCUGAUCUUCAGGGUGGAA